CAAGGYUACAAAAGGAUGGCAAUACCUUGCGUUUGCAUCAUUUCUCAAACAGCUACCGUGCGGUAAAGACUUGACACAUUCAACAUAUUAUAUCGGCUACGACCAAACACACUUGGCGCUGUCGGUGUGAAAAACUUGAAAACAUAUACGAGAAAUAAUCUAAAUGUGAAAACCUGUUCGUUAGUAGUGCUGUGACAAAAACAUACAAACGUAGCGCGCAUACACUUGUUCUACAACUUUAAGACGCUUAGCGCGCACUUGCAAAUCUCCACCACAAUUACAUACAUACAACAUGGCUGUGGACGGACAACGCUUCAUGACCAAGACGCAACACUAUCGYAAGGUCACCAAACCAUUGCUGGAGCGGAAGCGACGCGCGCGCAUGAAUCUCUACUUGGACGAACUGAAGGAUCUCAUUGUGGACACAAUGGAGGCGCAAGGCGAACACAUYGCCAAACUGGAGAAGGCCGACAUUCUCGAGCUGACCGUCAACUAUUUGCGUACACAUAAACACGAAAUCGCCGCAAGCGUUGCACAGCAUCAUGCCGCCAGCGGACCAGCUGUACGCGGCAUAAAUGUGGAGAAAUUUCGCGCUGGCUAUACGCAAGCCGCUUACGAAGUGUCGCGCGUAUUUGCCACAGUACCGGGUCUGAAUGCGAAAUUCGGCACAAAACUCAUGAAACAUUUGGGUUAUCAGCUGAARGAUUUACAACAGCCAGCGCCAGCACCYAACGCUGCCGCUGGUGAAGAGGCGCUCAAUUUAGAGGUGGUGAAACGCGCGGCAUCGGCUUCACCCACCGCUGCUUUGCAUGCUGAUGAACAUAUGAGGCGCGCUUACCAACAACAACAACAACAACAACAACACCAACUACAAAUGUGCGAUAAUUUGAGGGAUUUGCAUGCAGACGAGCAACACGGUGAAUGCUUAUGGCGCCCUUGGUAGUACCGCCUGCAACAAAGCGCAACCUGCARCAUGCGGUGCUGCCGCGUAUUUUCAAAGAGCUUUCGUUUUUACACACUCACCAGCCAGUGGCUUUAAUAGUUUUAAGUGUUUGUAGUGUUUUAAAUAAUAUAAAAUAAUGUUUGAAUAAUAUCUUACACAUAGUAUAUAUAUGAAAGUGUGUAUAUGCGCACAUAUGUGUUGCAUUAGUUUAAUCAAUAUCAGCUUUAUUGUUUUAAGUACAAAUUGUCAGCCUUUUAUAGUUGUAUUAAUGUGAUUUGCCUGUGAUAGCCGCCAACUCCACUCAGUUAGCGAUUGGUCUGUUCGUAAACCGAUCUCCAGAACUCCCCACAUACUUCCAAGUAUAUUAGAAAUAGACUUAUAUAAAUAAUGUCUUACUCCUACUAUUUAUAAGUGAUUUAAAGCUUACAUUGCAUAUAUAUUUUUCUCAUUAAUUUCUAAUCUAAUUAUAAAACACUUUUAUCAGUUACCUAUAAGUAUAUAWAGUUAUGUUCAUAUAUAUAUUAUAWUAAUCUUAAUUUGCGCUUCCAAACAUCUGUAUAUUUUGC